AUGGGGAUUUCGAUUUGGGUUCUCCUCAUCCUCCUCUUUACUACUGCUAAUUUCAACCUGGAUUUUGGUUCUUGGGAAGAAGACCCAGACAACAAUUUUUUACUUUUUAUUAGCGUUCUGAAUCUUCUGUGUCUGGAUUCUGGGUUCUCUUCAUUUUCAUUUUUUGGCAUCUGGUGGUGGUGGUGGAGGUGGAGGUGGAGGUGGGGUGGUGGUGGUGGUGGUAGUAAUGGGGGUGGUCGUUCUUCCAAGAAGCUGAAGCAGAAAAAAAUCCCACAAAGAGGUCUCGGGGUAGCCCAGCUGGAGAAGAUCCGAUUAGAGGAGCAGCAGCAGAAGGACGUGGUUGCUGGCGUGUCCUCGCCCUGUUUUGUUAUUCCAGUACCUCCUCCUCCUCACCACCACCACCACCGUCAGUCAUCUUCUUCGUCCCCUUUCCCUUCACCUUCAAUUGAUCUGUCUUCCACGACUUCUCUGUUUGGAACCCCUCCUCCGGGUCCCCUCCCCACUCUUGAUCUAUUGGUCCCACCACCACCACCACCUCCACCACCUUCGUUUCAGACGAUAACUACAAUUUAUGGUUCUCGUCAGGUUGCUUCCGGAAGUAGCAGCGGUGGUCGUGCGGUGGCUGACACGGUCAAUACUUUUACAGGGCAAGGACAUUAUUCCAGUAUGUGGAACGAGUGGAACUACAACGGUGAUGUUCCCAGAUUGGAUCAUGGACUUCCAUGCCGAACCCACUUGCAGAACGACGCCUCCUACCCAAUUUGGCCUUCUUCCUCCCCUGUUAUGAUUGAUAGAAAGCAACCACAUUCUUCAACAAUGGUGAAUGUCCCUUCCUUUACUUCAUCAUCGUCUGGAUUAGGUUUCCCGAUGGAGCUUCCUUCAAACCAAAGCUUUUGCAGCAACAACAACUACACACCACCGUCACCAUGGCCCGAGGAAGAGAAGAUGGUUGGUAUUAAGCGACCAUGGCCCUUCUCUCUAGACAACCUGCCGUUUCCUUCCAACCUUCCUUCGAUCACCCAGCCAAUCUACAGACCAGAAGAACCAUCUUUAUGUGGCAAUAGCAAUGGCAAUGGCAGCAUAUUCAAGUUGGAACCUGGAGAUUGCAGUAUCAGUGAGGAUACCCCGGGCUCUACGGCCCUCCACACAAACUGGAGAGGAACCAUGUCGGCCGAGCUGAACGAUAAGAAUGGAAUUAAAGAAAAUGGAACUCUUCAAGGUGAUUUUCUCACAUUGGGCCCUCCUGCAACAAGUUCAUCCUCGAUGGGUUUUAAAUCUAAGAAGCAUCAGGCUAUAGCAUCCAUACCUUCCCAUUAUCCAAUCCCUGAAUUCGAUCUGCAAUCAUCUAUGCAGGCAAGCAUUGAAGAGCCAUUGCUGCGACCAGGUGGGUCAUCAAUAGAACAGCAGCAACAGCCCAUUCAUAAUUUCUUUCCUGCAAAAGGGCAGUGUGUGGCAACCACGAAGAACGAUCACAUGAGAGUUGAGGCUGGCGACACAGUUGAUCUCAACCUAAAGUUGUAAGUGGGAACUUGAAAGAGAAGAGAAACAUAGCAUACUAGAGCGAACCAUGAAAGAGAAAAAGAAGUGCGGAGGAAAUCUCUGGGCUGUGUCCAGUGUAGGAUCUCCGGGGGUGGGGGAAAGGGGGAAAGAUGUGAAUCUAUAAUCUAUCCAGUUUGUUUGAAUUUUUAAAUUUUUAUGAAUGCGUUUGUUUAUUCGA